AUGAAUUUAAUAAGUUUAGGAGGUGAGCACACUGAAGAGGCUUGCAUAUACUGCAAAAAGGGUCCAUCAACUGUUUUUGGUUUUUAUUGUAAAGAAAUGAGUGUAGAAAACUACGAAAAAUUAAUGUUUAAAGGAUAUGCUUUCCUCCUAUCAAUCGCAAGGUAAGGAUAGGAAAUUGGAGAGGGAAAAUCUCCUAGUCAAACUACUUGAGUGAGACUCAUUCGCCAACUCUCCAAUCUUCUGCCCUUGCCAAGCAAUUCAUAGGAGAGGAGUAUAUAGAAGAUGAGGAGACAUCUGCUAUGUCCCAGUCCUAGAAAAGUCUUGCUGCAAGCUCAUCUCUUUAAGAUGCAAUACAAUUUUAUAUAAGCCUAAUAAGAGCCAAAAAAAAGUCCAAAAGAAAUUUGCCCGCUAUUUAAAUGCAGUGAAAAAGCCAACGAAAAUCAAACAAAGAAUGCACGAAAUAUUGACUAUUCCAAAUGAUUUAAAAGAAAAACUAAAAAAUGCUGUGGAAGCUACUAUCGAAGUAUUGGGAAUCAGUUUUGAAGAUAAAUUAUGCGUUAUCAAAAGAAACUCACCCAAUAGAAAAAAAAGAUUUGGAGAUUACUCUAUAAGUUCUGCUAUAACUGUUCAUAUAAAAGCAAAACAAAAUGGACUAAAUUUAAAUCUAUCUGAUGUAACAGAAUUAUUGCAAAAUUAUUUUGAAUUAGAAAUAAACAAUAGCAAAUGAAGGAUCUUUUCUGUUGAGAAUGGAUUUAUCAAUUUACUUGAAAACGAAAUUGAAGAGAUUAAGCUUCUUGAUGAGAAUAAAAAUGAAAAUAAAAUUUCAGCAAUUCCCCAUACUUAUAAGCACGAAUUGGUUGAUAGCGAUUUUUCUCAAGAAUCAUAUGAGCUAUAUAAAGAAUACGUCAAGGCUGUGCAUGGCGAGACACCAACUAACCUAUCAAUUGAGCAUUACACACAGACUGCAUGUAAAACAUCUUUAAUAAAAGAGGAGCCAUCUCAUGAGUAUCCUUAUGGGUUAGGAAGCUUCCAUAUGCUUCAUAAAAUUGAUGGAAUCUUAGUGGGUGUUAGCGUAAUUGAUAUUCUCCCAAGCGGGGUUUCUGCAGUAUAUUUCUUUUAUUCUUCAAAAAUAUCAUUUUUGUCACCAGGGAUCUUUUCUAUAAUGAAGGAAAUAGAAUUCGUUCAAAAUAAUCUCUCUGAAAGAUUUAAGUACUAUUAUUUGGGCUUUUAUAUUAAUAAUAUCCAAAAAAUGAAGUAUAAAGGGGAGUUUUAUCCAAGUGAGCUGCUUUGUCCGAAAAAAUUUGUAUGAGUUCCUAUUGAAAACUGUUUGGAAGACCAAAGCCAUAACUUUUUAGAGCUUUCAAGCUGCUGCCCUUUAACAAGCUGCCUACCUAAGGAUCAAGAUAUGGAAUUUUCAAAUGCUAAUAUCCUGUCUUUUAUUAAUGAAAAUGCAAAAAUUUCGAUCAAUAGUACAAUAUAUACUAUUUCAAGCCUGGAUCAAAAUUUUAGGCAAUCUGCUUUAGAAAAACUGACAUUAGCUUUUUAUUAUAUAGGAAAGCAUUUAUUCAAAAAAUUUACCUUUUCUUUCAUAAAUUAA